GCCACGCACAGCUCACGCGCUCCGCCGGAAAGUUUAGAAACAACCGCAGAGAAAAAGAGAGAGAAAGAGAAGAAAGGAGGAGGAGAAGAGAAGGAGAAAAAGAGGAGAACAAGAGGAGACAGUGGAACAGAAGUGACCGCGCGCUCGGGCUGGACCAUGUCGCUCCCCGGCUCUCCUCCGCUGCUCUCCCCGGGCUCAGGCGCGUCAAACCCGGCUGCGCUGUACCGCUCUGCCCCGGACCAGCACCUCCACAGCAGCGGCACCUCCUCCUCCACCACCUCCUCCUCCAACAACAACAACAACAACAACUCCACCAGCAGCAGCAGCAGCAGCACCUCCGCGGUUGUCUCCUCGAGCCCCGCGCACUCCAAUAAUAACACCACAAACACCACCAACAACCACCACCACCUCCACUCCUCCUCCUCCACCUCCGGGGCAGCGCGCGUCUCCAGCGGCGUCCUGGCCACGUUCCUCCCCGGACACGGCGCCGCGCUCUCGGCUUUGGGGAACAACGGCGGGUUCGGCUCUCUGUCCGGCCCGGCUCUGACCCCCGGCUCUCCCGCGGGGCUCGUGCAGCAGGGGCAGGGGCAGCAGCAGGCGGCGCAGUCCGGGCUGUGCAGCGAGUGUAAGCUGGUGGAGGUGCACGGGGUCAAAGUGGCCAGUUUCUGCGUGGACGGGCAGGAGCUGAUCUGUCUGCCUCAGGUGUUCGAUCUGUUCCUGAAGCACCUGGUGGGGGGGCUGCACACGGUCUACACGAAGCUCAAGCGCCUGGACAUUACCCCCGUGGUGUGCACCGUGGAGCAGGUGCGCGUCCUGCGGGGCCUGGGCGCCAUCCAGCCCGGAGUCAACCGCUGCAAACUCAUCUCCAGGAAGGACUUUGAGACGCUGUACCAGGACUGCACCAGCGCCAGCUCUCGUCCGGGACGUCCCCCAAAGCGAUGCUCGGGGGCGGGGCUUCAGGACGGUCCUCGCCUGCUGCACCCGGGACUCCCUGGUCUGCUGUCGCCCAACCUGCUGUCGCACACGGGUCUCACCGCUGCAGCGAUGGCCGAGCUCCAGAAGCUGCAGAAGAUGAAGAUGAUGAUGAGUUUACAGAACGGCAACGAGUCCGACAACGAGGACCUGCACUCCAACACGGGUGGGAGCGAGUGUUCCUGGGAGAAAGAGCGUCUGACCAGCCCCGGAGCCCCCUCCCUCAGCGGGACGCCGGGGGGAGGGGGGCCGGGGGCGGGGCCCGCGCAGGGAGGGGGCGGAGCUACGGCCACGGGAGGCGGGAGGGGGACGGCCCUCGCACCUGUCAAUCAACAACACAUACAACAGCAACAACUCCUCGCCAACAGGCUGGAGCUGCCGUUCAUGAUGAUGCCCCACCCGCUGUUGCCGAUGGGGUUGCCGCCAGCGUCCGUUGCCAUGGCGAUGUCUCAGAUGAACCACCUCAGCACGUUCGCCAACAUGGCCGCCGCCGCGCAGCAGAUCCACACGCACGUCCACCGCGAGCCCGUCAUCAAGGAGCGUGUGUGUGACAGUCCUUCUCUGUCUCCGUCGGGCGAUGAAAACACGCCUCUUCAGUCUCAGCCGAGUAGCUCCGCCUCCAGCUCUCCAGAACGACUCGGCCUGAGCUCCGCCGACGCCGACGUUCCUCCGCCCCACCCGGCUGCACCCGUCAAGAAAAUCACCAAGGACAAAGAGGAGUUGUCUCUGGGUCAGGCUCUUCCUCCGGGUUUUCCUGCUCCGUUUCUCUUCGCUGAUGGACUCUCGUCUGUGGAAACUCUACUCACAAACAUACAGGGUUUGUUGAAGGUGGCGGUGGAGAACGCCCGAGCUCAGGACAAACAGAUCCAGGCCGAGAAACGAGAGCUGAAGAUGGAACUGUUCAGAGAGAGAGAAAUGAGAGAGAGUCUGGAGAGACAGCUGACCUCUGAACUACAGAGCAGAGCCUCGAUCCAGAAGCGUCUGAAGAAGGAGAAAAAGGCCAAGAGGAAGCUGCAGGAGGCGCUAGAGUUCGAGUCGAAGAGACGUGAGCGAGUGGAGGACGUCCUGAAACACUCGUCCUCCUCAUCCCCCUCUCCGGAGCCGCACCACAACAACAAGAACGACUCGAACGGGGCUGACGAGACACCGGAGCUUAAUGGCAACAAGCAGGACUCAGACGGGAUUCUGGAAUCACGGUCCUUCCUGAAAACUCCCAUGAUGUUCUAGAGACUCCGCCUCCUCACCUGUCCCCGCCCACUUCCCUCGUUUCCCGUUUUCGCUCUUUCCCCUUUUUGAACUGUUACCAUGGAAACAAAGCCCCGGAUCACCCUGGCGACGAAACGAGGAGCUUUCCCUGUCGCUCUGACGUCACAUUACGAUAAAGACCUGAAGGACCUGAAGGACCUGGAGGACCUGAAGGACCUGGAGGACCUGAAGGACCUGGAGGACCUGAAGGACCUGGAGCCGCUGGAUUUUUGGGGCAUUUUUCUGAAAACCUUUUGCCACUUUUUUCUUGUUUUUUGAAGAAAUUUGACAG